AAAUUCCACAACAAUCCUUGAGCUCCCUGACAAAAGAAAACAUUCGACCCAGCCAAACCCAUCAAACAAUCUGUUUACCACCAUAUCUGGUAUGUCUACCUACCACCAUGUCUGGCACCACCAAAAACAAAAAGACCUUAGCCGCGGGAGGUGGAGGCGAAUCUCAGCCAAGUCACAAUCCUCCUCCGCCUCCCCUGGACGUCGCAGAGAGGACCCAGCAGUAGGCCGGGCCCUCGCCAGCUUGGGGAGCUGAUGGAUGCCAUCGGCCCGGGAGCUGCACAUCGCUGUAGUGGCGCGUUCAUACGCUCAAGAUGCCCUAACGCGAGGGCAGGGCCUCGGCUGCCCGCUAAGCUUGGCCGCCCCAUGGUCUGCCAAACCAUGCCUCCCUAGAGCCGCAUGAGGGCCGGCAUUCCACCUCUCCCGGCGACGGAUUCUCCUCAUCGAUGGCCGGCGGGGCUUGAAAGGGCGACGACGCCGAACAACAAGAGUACCUAGGGAAACAAUCCAGAUAAUUCCGGUGUCCAACAUGUGGCUGAAGCAUGUCGACGACAUCUCCGGGCCGCCGAAGGGAUAGCUGUCACUUUGGUACAUAUACCAAGCCAGUUCCUGAGACUUUCUCUUUUUCUCGCUCCAAAACACCAAACACCAUCUCCCAAUCUCAGAACCGACACAAACGUCCCCGAACCCAGACAAUGACGUGCAGCAAAGCCUUCAACCCCGACCAUGACAUCCCCAACCUCGGAGGAAAGGUCAUCCUGGUGACGGGCGGCAACAACGGCCUGGGCCUCGAGACGGUCCGCCAGCUCGCCAGGCACGGCCCCGCGCACAUCUUCCUCGCCUCCCGCUCGCUGGCAAAGGCGGAGGAGGCCAUCAAGGACGUCCACUCAUCCAGCCCCGAGGCGGCGGGGACACCCAUCAGCGCGCUGCAGUUGGACCUCGCCUCCUUCGCCAGCAUCAAGGCCGCCGCGCGCGCUUUCACGGCCGCAUCGGACCGCCUUGACAUCCUCAUCAACAAUGCCGGCAUCAUGUGCACGCCCGAAGGACUGACCCAGGACGGAUACGAGGUGCAGUUCGGAACCAACCACAUGGGCCACGCGCUCCUGACGCAACUCUUGCUCCCGACCCUCAAGCAGACGGCAGCCGCCGCGCCUGGCAGCGACGUCCGCGUCGUGUUCCUGUCGUCGGCCCUCGAGUCCGGCGCACCCGUGGGAACGUACAAGACAGACGAGCUCAAGACCACCAUGGCCGCCACGUCGACGAUGGACCGGUACAGCAUCUCCAAGCUGGCCAACGUGCACUAUACGUCGGCGUUGGCGGCGGGGAACCCGGACCUGCGCGUCGCCAGUGUCCAUCCGGGGGUCAUCUGGACGGGCCUGCAGGGGCCCAUGAUAAACGGGUCCGGCCCGCUGCUCAAAGGGGUCAUGAACCUCGCCAGCAACUUCCUGACAACCGUCGAGAAGGGCGUGCGCAACUCGCUGUGGGCAGCCACCGCUGCCGAGGUCGAGUCGGGCGCCUACUACCGCCCAGUCGGCGUCGGGGGCAAGGGGUCCAAGCUGAGCAGGGACGCGAAGCAGAGGGAUGUGCUGUGGGAGUGGACGCAGAAGGAGCUGCAACCGCAUCUGUCCGGCUGAAGGGUCUUGGGGGACUUUCUUUAUCUCGUGCGAGGCGAACGGAGCUGAGCCAUGUUGUUAAUAUUACUAUCGAGGUUGUGCUUUAGAGGAUAGCGUAACGGGGCGUCCAAGGAUGUCACAGGUGUAUGGAGUUUUUGAGUGCCGAUUUAUAUACAUGCCAGAGGUGUUACUAGUAAGGCUGGCGGAGACCCAAACGACCCGUUUGGG